UUAGUCACUAUAAAUAUAAAAAAAUGUUAUUUUGUUCAUCACCAUGAAAAUCAUGAAAUAUGACUGCCCCAUGACGACAGUUUACAUCAAUUCAAGCGUACAGAUCCUCUGCGGAGUUUUAUCCCUCCUCUUGGGCAUCGCCCACGAGUACUUAAUUAUCCAGAUAGGAUCAACUUUCCAUGGUUACGGAAUUCUGGCAGGAGUACUAUACCUUACGACAGGGACGCUUGGAUUAUUAGCAAUGAAACGAGGAAGCAGACGACAGGUCCAUUGGACUAUUGGCUUAUCUUACUUAAGCGUUGCAGCAUCUUUCGUUCUCAUGUUCACUUGGUUAAUGAUGGGUUCGAUUAACAUGAUGGACUUGGACAAAUCUGCUGACCUGAACCAUAGGCCCUGGACUGAUUACAGCGACACGAAGCCAUCUCCCUUCCUUGAAAUUGGUGGAAUACAGCGAAUGUUGUUCGGAUCGAAUGGUUACAGAGGCCCGUACGAUUCUUAUAUUCUUCUCGUUGAUGUGACGAUGUUGGUGACGUUUUUUAUGGAGUUGGUUUCGGGACUUAAGUUGGGCUUAGCCUGCAUCAAAUGCCUUGACGGCCAUCUUCUGUCCCGAGACGAGUAUGUACGCGUACCUUGCUCGGGCACGUCGGAUUAGCUUAAAGUUUUGUAAGUGAAAUUCCUGCAUACGUACACCAAUGCGGAUACCUCAGCCAUGUAACCCAUAAACAUAUACUUCGGAAGUCGGACUAACGUUUCUUCUGCAACUUGAUGGCUUCGGCGGAAAGCCAUCCUCUUGCAAACAGGGCCUACAACACGACUUCUUCUUACGCAUGUUUCCGAGGGAGUAAGUAUGUAUCGAGUGAAAUGGCCUGAUAGUGUCAGAAUGACAGAAAGCACAAUGUGGCACUUUAACAAAUAUAUGCCUACAUAAAGCAAUCAUGCGAGUGAAUGAUAUGCAUGAAUGGUAACUUCUUCGUAAUUUUGCCAACAUUUUCACUUCUAGUAAGCAGUACUUUCUCUUUUCAAUAAACUCAUCGAUACUUUAACGGACGCCGAACUUUGCAUCUUACCACAAUUAUUGACUGCCCAUCCUCUUUUACUGGUGGUCGUGUUGAAAUUAUUGAUUGGGCUCGACUGUUGACAUAGAUUCAAAUCGAUCUGCAUACCACAGCCAGUUUUAGAUCGAUGUAAGCUUUCACAAUAAUAUAGAUAUAUUUUAUCCUGUGGUUAUGCUUGGUUACUGAUGCAAAUGAAUAUACACAUACAGUGUGUCACGUACAUUCACCUGCAGAUCAUCAACAGUCUUGAAGACAUGGGAAUAUAAUAUGUAUAUGUUGGGCGCAACUUUAUUCAUAUCUUAGGCAAAUAUUACUUACGUAUUCGAUGUCAGUGCUAUGACAUCGCGGAUGUGACAUGUUCGGAUGUUGUUUACCAAAAGAAGCUAGUUGUUCUUGAAUUCAAAGAAAACAUAUGUGGCCAUUCAUCCUGGAGGAUAUAUAUACUAACUUAAGUACAAGUUGAUGGUUUAAGCCCUUAAAGUCCGAGGUACCAUCACCAUUGCCUUCUGUCACUGGCAGCUACCAAGACCAACUGCAGCACCAGAUGUAAAUGGAACGAGUUGCUUUCGGGAGUAACCACUGCUUUAAACUCUCCGUUCGUGACCAUGUGACGUCACAAAUCGACAACUGAUGUGGAUGGGUUAUUUAUUCAUAUCACGUGAUGUUUUGAUCAGCAAUCUGGUCGUCAGUCUCCAACCAGCAGAAGUCUGUUUUAAAGUAGCCAACCCGUUACAACCUCGCACCAAAAUCAAAUAAGGCUGUAAUCCUGUGUAAGGGACUUUAUGGACGUUACCUUGGAGACGAGAUCAGAUGGCUAGAAAUAUCAAUCCGCCUGCGCACGCCGAUUAUCAGCUGCGUGGAGACUGCAAUGGCGGAUCGAUACCAGCAUACAGGUAGACGUAUGUACAUAAAUUAGCCAGACAGUUAUUGAUUGCAUGGACAAUGCAGUCAUAGUCGGGGACAUGCUGAAACCAAGGUGACAUCUGACUAGUAGUGGCCUGUUCACUUCUGUGCAGUGUUCGUGCAUGUGGGAUCGUGAAAAUUACAUUAAAUUUGAUUAAUACCAGAAAAAAGCCUUUAUACAAUCAACUUGGUAUAGCAGUGAUUUCAAAGUUAUCCAUCCAUAGACCACUUCCACUGCCAUUAUGACGUGGGGUGUUCUCCAAACGAAGCCACACAAGCCUCCCGCCGAGGACACGGCUGCCCCGCCAAAAGAUUACGCCACAGCUGGCCCUAAGAAGUACGACACCUACCCAACGAAGACCAUCAACGUCCUAUCAGUGGUCCAACUGGUCUGCGGAGUAAUCUGUAUCGGCCUGGGAGUCGCUCGAAUCUACGUCACAGAACACGUCCAAAAGCUUCGCUAUGACGUCGGAAUAUGCGAGGGUGCCUUUUUCCUGGUGACCGGCGUCACCGGGAUCAUAUCAGCAGUCUUCAAGACUCGUGGAGUGAUUGUAAGUGCAGCAGUCUCGUCAGCGUUAUCUUGCGUCCUUGCCCUGUUCCUCGGGAUUGGCUGGCUUGUCUUUGGAUUGCUCCGUCAUGGCUGCCCGUCCGAUUUCGGCAAGCGCCACCACGGCUCCCGCGAGAAAGGUCAGGACGACCGCCUAAGGAAACGUCCCUAUGAACAUGACACGCCCAAGCAUGAUGAAUCUUGGCUCCACCGCAGGGAGGAAGCAGGAAGAGACCACGAUGACCGUCCAAACCACAAGUUCCCUCCCCUUCUCGACCAGAAGUUCCUGAUCAUGAGGGUUGUCGAUUGGGUCCUCUUGGCCCUGUUUGUCACGGUGAUCAUCUGUAGCAUCGUCGUGGUCGUGAAGGCCGCUAAGGCACUCAGACGGAAGAGAAUGGAGAGCGAAGCGGACACACAUGAGACCCAGGUGUUCGUCAUUACGGCGGAGAAGGGAGCAGUCAUCUCGUAAGAUUGCGUGCGAGUUGAAAGUUGCUUGAAAAAUGCGUUGGAUCGGUCAAUGCACCGUCAUGAGGAUGUAAUUGUUAUCAUGAAAGAACUCGACCCUAGUGUGAUAAUGACUUGAAAUCGGUCCACUUGUACUCUUGACUCCUCGCUCCUUACAUUGCUUGAAAAUUGAUUCUGUGGCUGCCGGAAGAAAAGGCUUUUUGAGUUGGAUUGCGCAGCAUCAACAUGUAAAGAUCGGAGUCAUCGCACUUAACGAUUGCUAUUAUUGAGAUACAAGGGUACAGUUGUUGUAGUGGCAACUAGCCGGCUCAAGAUAUUACCAUAUUUUGCCAGAGUAAGCGGCAUGCGUUGUAUUUAGUUGAAAGCCUCUGCAAAGGACGAAUCAUACGUUGUCAUACCAUGCUUUGGCCGACACCUCCCCGUUCUCUUGCAACUUUCAUUGGAUGGACAGUGUACGCGCUUCGUCUGAACUCGGUGCUGUCUAAAGCUUAUAUAGAGUGUGAUUUGAUAUGAAUUGACCUCCCACCCAUGAUAUGGAUGGAGUAAUUUUAAACAGUUACUUUGAUUAACUUCGUUCGUCAUCAUCACGGACCUUAAAAUUGACCAAACAGCAACUAUUUACUUUCGGAAGUCGAUUCUGAGUAUUCGCAGAUUCCUACGUGCGAUAUGGCGCCAUGUUUUGAGACCCAGGGUCACGAGAUCACCAAGAAGAGUUGGCUAAUUUUUGAUGCUUCCAUUUUCAUGUUUAAACAGGAAAAUCUGAGCCAGCACCGAGUUCAUUUGAAGAAAGUUACUGAUUCUGUAAUACGUCCAAGUAUACGCACUGUUAUCAUGUAUACUUCACUGACUGUCGUGAACUUCAUGUGUGUAACAUAGGAAUUAUAGGAUAUUCACCGUCCCUAGUCAGUUUAUAGGAAAGAAUCUGUGGAUACCUCUUCGAAAGUGCGUUUAUUCCGCUCACAAGUAUUAAUGAGAAGGAGAUCUAACACGAACUUUCAGCGGACUAACUGGCCCAAAGACGAUUUUAAACUUCUCAAAGUCUAUUGGAACUAACGUAUUUUUGGACUGUGAUACUAUUUUUAAAAAGGGAAUAUUGAGGCUGAGUAGAUAUCUAUUAUUAACGACCGACCAUGACAUCCCAAAGACAAUGGGGUGAGAGCAUCUUCGUAUUACACAAUGCCGGUACUUAAUGCCGUCAAUUAAACAAUAUUCAGAAAAAUACAGAACGUCUGUAUGGCAGAUACUUUUUCGUUUCGGAUACAAGUAUUUUCAUGCAGUGGCAAUUUGAAUCUCGAGGAAAUGGAUGUUUUUCGUUAUGUGUUUUCUCACUUUAUAACUGUGGCAGGCUUCUGCUAGAAAUAUACUGUUAUGUUCACGUUCUAUAAAUCGAGACCCUAAGCACGAUCCCCACGCAAAUUCUACCCAGCAUGAUAAAUGCCUUUACUCUUGUUCACCUCGUAUUUGAUUUUGUAAUAAAAACACAAAAAGUAUAAGUGAUCAUAUUUGUAUAUACAUGUACAUGUAUGUCUACACAACGGCAUUGCUGAAAUUAAUAUUUACUACGUAUAAAAGACGCAAUUGGAAAUUUUCAAAUUCAAUUACAAAUUCAAUUACAAACGAACGACGUAGGCCUUUGGCUUGUGAAGUCAAUUUAGGGUGAAACCACAAGUACCAUACUUGCUUACUGUAGCCAAAAUGGCCUGAACCACCAAUCCUUUAAAAAGGGCCUAUUCCAAAAAAAGGUGGUGGGGGGGGGGGGGUAUUUCCAUAAUGAUGAAAGGAAUUCCGUCACAAAGUCACUCGCAAGUGGCGAAGUUGGCAUGUUCAACCGGCCGUACAGACUUUGGCCGACAUGUUCAUAAACCUUGUUGGUCAGAUAGUGCAGUACGCUCGUACUACUUCACGUUUUCAGUCAUGUUGACAGCGUGAAAUUGAUACCUUUACACAUUGAGUAAUAUCAACAAAGCAUUGGUGAUAUCGUGCCGUACACAGGUAUAUACAGUGAAACCUUUCGUAGUGGACAACUCAAUAAGGACACCUUCUCUAUCAUAGACUCUGCUUUUGCUUCCGAAUUGACCCUCUCCAUUGAAUUCGACCUCUGUAAUCAGGACACCUCUCAAUUAAGGACAGCAUUUGUCAGUCCGAAAGUGUUCUUUACAAAGAGGUUCUGUCAUUAUCACGCCAAAAUAGCACGAAUGAUAGGUCUACGUAUACAUGUGACCCUUUUGCGAUAGUACGACAUUGGUCGUGAAUUGCCAUGGGCCUAUUUGGGUCUCGACCAUAAUCAAGCACAACUUUAACUUAGAUCAAAGAAGUUGAAUAGCCAGCGGGAUAUUUAUUACAUUAAUGAAAUAACGAAUAUAAAGCUCGCCUUAUACAUGUAUGUUUUUGAUGACAUUGAUCAACUGUUAAUUAAAGGUGGUAAACUUUUUUGAUGUAUGUAAUAUGAGUAAAAAUACAGAACAUUCCCUGGGUUUGAAAUGCACACAAAACGAAAGGAAUAAGAUUGGCGAAUAUUUAAUUGCUGAUAAAACGAUAACUAUUGUGUCAAAUGCAAUGCAAAUGACCUGAGUGGACAAUACGACUAUAUAUGUGUAAUGUUUGCCUUGGCUUUCCCCAGAUUUCACCUCGUGACAUUUACAGGUCAUCUAUAAUUCAGCUUGUCCCAUUUUAAGCCAUGUUAGAUAUGAUUGAAACAAUUGCAUUCAUAGAUUGAGAGGACAUGAUGAAAUAUACUUGUCAAAAUUCUAUUAAAAUCACCGAUCGGUAGCCCUCCUCUCUUAUGGCCCUCUGAGGCUUUGUUCCGCAUUCCUUUGGGAGAACAUUAGAAAUGUAAGUACGCCUAUCAAUACUUAGAAAAAUGUCAUUGCUGCUUCAUUUUACCCAAGUUUCGUUUAGUCAUAGCCGGAGACAUCAUGACCAGACUACAUGUACGGUUUCUGAUAUGCACUGUAAGGCACGACUUCGGUCACUGCAUGGACAUGUACGUGUUGAUGUUCAAUUAAGGAUAUGGAAGGCGGGGUUACCGUUCGUGCAUGUUGACCUGACAAUAGACACGUUUCGCAAUCCGUACGAACAGCGAGGCACGAAGGUGGUAUCUGGCGUCAUCAACGUCUGAGCCAAUUCCUUUAACAAUUCUUUCAAUUGUUAAGAGUAUGCGCUUUGAGUCUGAAAAUGAAUGAGUCGGUUUAAAUUUUCAGAACGCACCAUGACUGGUUUCCGAUGUGGGCUGGAAAAGUGUGGCUGCUGCUUCGACUUGAUGGCGGAGCCAUACCGGAAGUUAGAAGCAUGCGGCCAUUAUAUCUGCAAGGAGUGCCACGACGAACAGGCCGAACACUACCCAGAUGAAGUCGAAAACGAUCAUAAUCGAGAAGCAGAUGGGACCAAGCGAAGAAAGCCGACGUUGUGUGUACUGCAGAACUAUGAGGAUUGGUGCAACAUUGAUAUCAUUGCAGACAAUAUUGAUGUCGUUGAACAAACUUGCUCCGAAUCCCUGACCAGUGUUGCAAACGAGGAAUUAGCAGAGGCACCACGGAUCCCUGUUGACCAAGGAGACGGGCUGAGGUUAGAGGAUUGUGACCUUGAAGGAUCGGUUUCAGAGAUCAAGCAGAAUGGAAGUAAACAUCCGAUGUUUGGCUGUCGUAUGUGUCAGACCAGAGUGUUCAAAGUGGACGAGGACAAAGCUAAGAACAUGCCAAUAUUUCGCAAUUUCGGGUUGGUGGAAGAUGCAAUGCGGUCCAAACAAUGCGAAACAGACGAAGGGCACGAUUCUGUUUCGCCGGAUGCUGAGUAUUGGUGCAUGGUUUGUGAUAAGUAUAUUUGUAAGGAAUGCAAACAGAGGUAUCAUCGCUUGAUGGGGACCAUCAACGAGGACUCUAAAGACUGCAGAGUCAUCAGCCUUGCUGUCAAAAUGGGGGAAAAGGAGAUUGGUCCUAAUUUGUUUCUCCGACAAAUCAGUGAGUUUACUGGCUGUGCUCAGCACAGUGGCGUGGAGCAGACACACUUCUGCCUGCGCUGUAAGCGACUGGCGUGUGGCCUGUGCCUUCUAGAUUCCUCUACACAUGCCGGACACCCCGUUGAAGAGCUACGACUGGCUGUCAAUGACAUAAAAAACAAGACGAACGCCGACACGGACAAACUGACACUCUUGCACAAUAAGAUUGAAUCGAAGAAACGAAGUAUAUACAUGAAAAAGGAAGACAAACUGAGACAGUUUGAAAAGAUGGAUUCUGAUGUGGAAGUGUACGCAGCAGAACUCUGUGCUAAGAUUGAAAAGUCGAAACAAAACAUCAGGGACGAGAUCGAGAAGGAGAGGCAACGAUGUUUGUCUGAGAUAGAGGAAUAUGAGAGUGAGUUAGAGACGGCUGAACUUGAGGUAUGGACGUUCGGGGCAUCUGUCCGUAAGAUACUCGAUGUGGAUGUCAAAGAUAGGGACGUUCUGCUGAAUCAAAAUGUUGUCGUUCAGAAGCACCUGUCGAGCAACCGCGAGUUAUUCGAUUCCCUUCAUGUGCCAGCUGAGCGUGCUUCGUUGAAGAGAAUUCUGGGCGAAAGUUGCGAGUUUCAGCAAAACUUGGAAUUUCUCGAGGGCAUUGUGCCGGAGACGUUAGGACACACUACGAGGGUAAACCGGGAGACGUUUUUACUUCACGAACACGAUUUGAACCAAGGACAGGGAGAGACCAAAAGAACUCAAAGAGCAAAAGGACACAAACCGUCAGAUGACUUUGUGCUAAAAUCGCCGAAAAUCGCCGAUCUCGGUCGCGGUCGCGUUGCCCUAACUGACAAGGCUAAGAACACAGUAACGUUAGUUCGCAGCAGCCGUGAUGUGAUGAAGUACCGAGAUGAUGUCGCCUUUCCCAUUAACAAACUGACUGGGUUAGCCAAUCUCGGACAUGGUUUCAUCAUGCUGUUGAGGGAACAGAGCAAACUCACGCUUGUGACAAACUCUGGAAGGAAUAUUCCACUUUCGAAAAGCUGUGGACCGAGUGGGAAGUACGAGAUUUGUUCUCUGGCGUGUGUUGGUGAAACUUUGUAUUUUGCGUGCUUCGAUCCAAAUACCAGUGCUGGAAGAGGGGUGAUUUGUUACCAGGAUUUUAAGUACGAUUUUUCGGCCUCUCCGGACAAGUCUCCGUUCGUCUUUUCGCUAGCGAUGGAAUACUGCCGCAUUGGUAAUGCCUUGCUUCCUCACUGCUUGGCAGUUAGAAAAAGCAGCAUUGGUCUGCAAUUGGCUGUAGGACAAUUUCCGCGGAGCAUCAUUUUCAUAUCGAAGAAGUCAUCAACCUUUGCGACCUUGGACGGAGGGGACAAAUUCAGAGUAAACGAUGCCUGCUUUGACCGUGAUGGGGACGUCCUGGUUGCUGACGGACACCAUGUUCUCCUGUACGGGAUUGAUGGGGUCGCCAAGGGAAUAGUCGUUGGAGGAAAAGAAGGUGUGAAGCGACCUGUUGCCGUCGGCGUGACAGAGGAAAAUGACCUAAUCGUCGGUGACGAAAUAGUAGGACUAAGAACAUUCGUUUACAGAAAGAUGGCACUAAGACAGGUGGAGUUUCGUUGCCAAGUUUGAACACCAUUGAAAAGUCACUCUGUUACAUUAGCAAUAAGAGCGGGAAGGAACGAGACCACUAUCCUUAAAAGUUAAAGUUUUUGAGUAAAUCCUUUUUAUUUUGUCGGUCAACACAAAUAUGGAACAACCUAAGGUAUUUUGCAGAAAUGAAUCAGGAAAUGUUGUUGCUUUCGUCAUUUAUUUAACAAGUCAUUAAAGAAAUAGGACUGGGCUGUGUUACUUCUAGUGUGACUCAGCAACGAUCUAAUAAAAGUGAGUAUAGAUUAAUUUCGAAAUCGAAGUUUAUAUUAAACGAAUCAGCUAGCUACCACGUGGACAGAGACAUGCUCUAUUAAAGAAGAAGAAGUCUGGGUUAUCUUUGUGAUACAUGUAUUCAAUGUACUUUUACAUUAACAUUCCAUACGUCACACGUCGUGCCACUGUGUUCCUGUUCCAGAUUCUUGUAAGGUUGUUUAUAAGAUCGUUUCAAAGUCAUGUCAGGUUGAUUGUAAAAUCGUUUUGCUUGGAUGGAUAUACUGUGCUUGCUACCUAUCACCAGUCAAAUCUCGCUCAAUACAUCGCUUUAGUAGUAUCACUGUCAGUUAAAGUUUAUGUGAAGCCAGCUUUUUAAUAAUUGCGCGAGAAUAUAUUGAUAUUUUUCGGUUCGCUAUCAAUUUGUAAUCUUUGAAUAUCAAUCACAAUAAAAGCAUAUUCACAUGCAAAAAUCGACCAAAUAGAAACGAUUUAUGGUUUUACUUGGGGACACUACAUGGCUUCCUUCCAAAUCAUGGGAUACAUAACAUCGGGGUAUUUAUCUAGGCGACCAGAGCAAAAUUACCGUGAACUCGACUUGCCAAGAGGAUAGAGUCAGAGUAUUCCAGUAUUUCUCGAGGAACGAUAACAUCAAGGUUGUUAUUCAUUUAGUCGAAUCGAGGCUGAGUAACUUCCAAGAUGACUUGGGGAGUUUCGAACCCGAAUACGGAGAAACCCUCUGGAACGGGGAACAAAGACAGAGUUCUCGCCAUCGCUACGGCAGGAUACGCUGUGCCCGUCCGAGGUGACUACACGACCUUACCGUCAAAGGAGGUCUUCCACACUUCCAUCACACUCGUCCUCUUCAGCAGCUUAGCUGUGUUCCUUGGUAUCGGACAUCUCAUCUUGGCCUUAGGACUAAUGCAGGAUGAGGACUUGUACCAUUUCGCCACAGGUUACCCCAUCUGGACUGGUGCGUUCUUCAUCAUCACUGGCGCCGUUGGCCUGGCGUCGUGCAGGCAGAGGUCGCGAGGGAAGCUCAUUGCGACAGCAGUUCUUGCCUGCUUCACCGUCUUCUUUGCUCUUGUCGCCCUGGUCCACGCACUGCGGUCCCUCUUCUUGUAUCAGUCGUACGACACUUACUGGCCAGACUACGAAAUCCCACCAGAGGAGGACCCGGACCUACCCACCAUUCCUCCCGACUUGCCUCGCAGCAGGAUGGGAUUCAAGAUCUGGCUGCAUUGGCUCCAAGUGAACGGAACUGACAACUGGAAUAUCCGUAUAAUUAUUAGGCGAUUCUUCUUUCAUCACCGUCAGAAGAGAAUGUCGAUUGAAGUACAACAAAUGGAGGAAGACCCUGCCUACUUUGCAACCACUAUCUGCCUUCUGGUCGCUUUCGUGGUCAUAGUCCUUUCCGCGAUGAACCUUGCUAUCCAGGUCAUAACCACUCUGAAGAAAGGUCGUGGUGAUGCCCGGAAUGUCCUCAACGGUAACGCUACCCAGAUGAAGAGAGCGAACAGUGACGCCGCGAAGAAGUGCAUCCGUGUGUGCAUUGUGGUAGCAGUACUGGGUGUCGUGCUCUGCUUCCUAGGCAUGGGGCAGACCUUGAUCAUAAAGGUCGACAAGAACCUCCAGAGUGGGAUCAAUUUCGGAGAGCUCUGCUUCUUGAAAUCAGCGUACUGCGUAUGGCACAGCGUGGUAUUCAUUUUGACAGCCAUCUAUGGCAUAAGAUCCUGCAUGGACGAAAACCAAUGGUCAUGGUCGGCACUGCUCUGGCCGAUUUUCAGCACCCUUGAUGCCGGUUUCGUCUUUGGAUACACGAUGUGGACUCUCUUUUUACCCCGCUGGGACGUGGGCAGCACGGGGAAUUGGGGAAAGGUGUAUGACAGCGACCUGUAUCUGGGCAUAGCAAUAAGUGUGAUUGUUGUAACGGCUGCCAUCUUUGUCUGUGGGGUCUUCCAACUCUAUUUCACGGUCAAGGUAGUUCAGACCCGGAAGAACAACGCGGCCCGUAUGAACCUGUACAAACAAGAUCAUUACAACGGGAAUACGGACUGAAUUACAUGUACAUUGUACUGUUAAUCGCCGAAUUCUCGCGUAGUAGAUUGACAAAAAUAAUUGCGAGAAACUACAUGUACUUUUUGAUUGGAAAAACUGAAAGACAUUUUUUAACCCGCCAAAAUAAAAGCCGUGAGAACGAUCUUUUUUUAUCCGCCAUUAGUAUCGCGAAUCGCAAAAAUACUUGUAGAAAGGCGCGAAAAUCUGUCGGUUUACAGCAGACAGCCCUUGGCUCGACACCAACUGUAUGUUUUUGUAAAUUUUCGCGGUAUUCUUUGGAAAGUUUUGUACAGUUACUUUAUUCAUUUAUGACUAGAAGGAUGGUUUACGAUGUUAAAAAACCUACUUGUUUGGAUUGAAGUAACUACACAUGCUAUGUAAAUGUAUCAUGUAUACCGUAGGAUACUGUAAAUAAAUGUAUAUAAACAGCUCUUAACAUCAUGCAUGAUGUAUAGAUGUGUGGCGUGGAAUGGGAUGAACAAUUGCCAGAAGAAAUUGAGAAGAAAGCUUGGGAGUGGAUGGAUGAAAUUACGGAUGAUGAAUGAGUCAUCAGGCUUUAGAGAGUGCAAUCAUAUGUACUUACUGGGGAGUAGCAGCUGAGAAGAAAGAUGUGUAUUUUGUAUAUUGAUUGUAUUGAACUUUUAACAAAUAAUAACAACAAUAAAAUCU